CUGUCAACCUAAUUUCUAUGUUUAUGAUUAAGGUGGAAUCUGGUGCGUAUGGUAGCAAGUGUGCCCAUUAAAAAGAGUGAAUGUGUUGGUAAUUGAAUAUGUGGAAAACUUGCUACUAAUGAAAUUUAUAGAGUACGUUUAAGUUCUUGAUUUUUGUCAAAAAUGUCUUUGAGGCCGAAAGUCGUUGAUUUUGAUGCAACGUGGUCCCUUCUCAGGGACACAGUAGAAGGUGUUAUUACAUUAGGACACAUUGACCGUCAUGUCUGGAAUGAUCGUUUCACUGAUGUGUAUGCUUUGUGUGUGGCUUUCCCAGAGCCAUUAGGUGAUAGAUUAUAUGUGGAAACAAAAAAGUAUCUUGACGAGCAUGUCAAGAAACUGCAUCAGCUUGUGGUAUCUUCUCAGGAAGGUCUUCUUGUAGCUUAUCAUAAAAGUUGGACUCAGUACAGCCAAGGCAUCAAUUAUUUAAAUAAAUUAUAUAUGUAUUUAAAUACACAACAUAUCAAAAAACAGAAAUUCAAUGAAGCGGACUUGCAGUACGGAAGAGCAGACGUCUCAAAUCAGAUGCUUGAGAUUGGAGAGUUAGGGUUGGACCUAUGGAAGAGGAACAUGAUAGAAAUUCUGAGAGAAAAUUUAGUUCAUUUACUUCUCGAAGGGAUUCGAAGUGAUCGUCUUGGAGACAGUCCUAAUCAGCCUGUUUUUCACGGUGUGAUUCAGUCUUUUGUUCAAGUAGAAGAAUACAAAAAAAAUGAACCUUUAGAAUUAUAUCAAAAAGUAUUUGAAACUCCAUUUUUAAAAGACACUGGUGAUUACUAUACUUUAGAAGCUAGUCGCUUGCUGCAAGAAAAUGAUUGUUCUCAGUACAUGGAAAAAGUGUUACAGCGCUUAGAUGAAGAAAAUUUUCGUAGUCGUAAAUAUUUACAUCCCAGCUCCUACCCCAGGGUUACACAAGAGUGUGAGCAGCGCAUGGUGGCGGAUCACCUGCAGUUUUUGCACGGAGAAUGCAAGAGGAUGGUUCAGCAAGAGAGCAGAAGAGAUUUACAACACAUGUUCCUUCUUUUGAAAUCUAUUCCAAGUGGCGCUGAAGCUUUGAUUCAAGAAGUUCAACAGCAUAUUAGUAAAGUGGGCUUGGAGCGUGUUAGUAGCUUGAGGGGUGAAAAUAUUCCUCAGCUGUUUGUAGAGUCUCUUCUAACUGUGCAUGGAAAAUAUAGCACUUUAAUCAAAGAAGUAUUUUCUGGAGAUCAGCAGUUUAUUGGUGCUUUAGAUAAGGCAUGUGCUGCUGUAAUUAAUUAUAAAGGUAAUCCUAAGCUUAUGUGCCGGUCUCCAGAAUUGUUAGCAAAAUAUUGUGAUUCUUUAUUGAAAAAAAAUGCAAAAACAUGCACCGAAAAUGAAGUCGAAGACAAAUUAUCCCAAUCUAUUACUGUGUUUAAAUAUAUUGAUGAUAAAGAUGUCUUUCAAAAGUUUUAUGCCAAGAUGCUGGCCAAGCGGCUGAUAUAUGGUCAGUCAAUGUCCAUGGAUGCUGAAGAAGCCAUGAUAAAUAAAUUAAAGCAAGCGUGUGGGUACGAAUUCACAAGCAAACUCCACCGCAUGUUCACCGACAUCAGCUUGAGUGGUGAUUUAAAUAGUAGGUUUUCUGAGUACCUGAGAGACGAGAAAGUGGAUCUCGGAGUCAAUUUCAGUAUAUCGGUUCUUCAGGCUGGUGCAUGGCCUUUGGGACAAACUGCCAUUUCUCCAUUUGCAAUACCACAGGAGUUGGAAAAAAGUGUGCAGAAGUUUGAGAAUUUCUAUAAUACCAGGUUCAGUGGUCGAAAACUAACAUGGCUGCAUCAUCUUUGCAACGCUGAACUUAAGUUGUGUUAUUUGAAAAGACCUUACAUUGUGACCAUGAGCACCUACCAGAUGGCGAUACUUCUACUGUAUGAAACUUCUGAUGUUCUCUCCUAUUCUGACAUACAAGAAAGUACUAAACUAAGUGAUGAUCAAUUGGGAAAACAAAUACUGAGUCUUAUAGAGUCGAAACUGCUUCUAGGAGGCAAUGAGAAGACUGUUGAUCCUGAAAGCACAUAUUCUCUAAAUAAAGAUUAUUCUAAUAAAAGAACUAAAUUUAAAUUGACUGCUGUUCUUCAGAAGGAAACAACUCAGCAAGAGGUAGAGCAAACCCACGUUUCAGUCGAUGAAGACCGUAAGCUGUAUCUGCAGGCUGCGAUAGUCCGUAUUAUGAAAGCACGAAAAGUUCUUCGACACAAUGCUUUGAUACAAGAGGUUAUAAAUCAAGCAAAGAAUCGCUUCAACCCGAACGUUUCUAUGAUAAAGAAGUGUAUUGAAGCUCUAAUAGACAAGCAGUACAUUGAACGGACUCCAAACUCGACGGAUGAGUACAGCUACGUAGCAUAAAAAUAUCACUUUGUCUUUCACUACUGGUAGUGUUCCGGUGAGCUACGAAAGAGUGGGAGUUUGAACUUUGUCGCACCCAAGUAAUUUAAUUUAAACUGGAUUGUAAAAAAGAAUCAUUUUUGACGAGCACAGCCAAGGAUGAAAGACAAUCAUGUUAUGUUAGCACUGGAUCCAUGUAAAGAUCAUCUGAGGAAAAAUAUAUUUUGAGUUUUGUUUGAUGGCAUGAGCUAUUUAUGAGAGACGUUUUGGCAGGUUACAUCAUGUCUUUCUGGGUGCUGUCAUAUUUUAAAUGAUACAGAUUUACUGUUUAUGUAAUUUUUGUCCAUGAGCAUUUUGUUCAUGCCAGUAUGUAAAUCUGUUGAGAUUUUUUUUUUCUUUUUCUUUUUCUUUUUUUUUUUUUGAGAAAAUGCCUGGGGAAGUGUUGAUGCAUGGUAUGUCUUUAAAUAAACUUUUUUUAAAAAAAUUUGUUCGCAUAAUAUUCAGUGAAGUAGUUUCAAGUGCAAUCUUUAGAAAUGUUUUUCUCUUGUUCCAUGACUUGAAUGAUGAUUAUUAUAAAUGGAAUAAUAGGUAAAUUAUUAAUCAUAUCGUAAUAAAUUUUUAAAGUAAUUCUGA